GUUCAAGUAUAGGUGGAUGAAGGAGUUGUAGAAGAACACGCUUUGACUCGACCAUCAAAGAAAUGGGGUAAUAGGACAGUCAAAGCAAGUAAAGCUAUAAAGACCCCGUCUGUGGCAGAACCGGAGGUGAAAGAUUCGAAGUUCACAAAAGAAGAAAGUGAAUUGAUUGAAUAUGUUAUGAAACCAACUCGGAAAAAAGAAGAUAUGGCGGAUGUUGUUAGUAUGGAUGGCAUGACAUUCAAACCAUCGCGAACUGAUUUACGGAAUGUCUUCAAAGAAAGGGGUCGGAUGUCGAAUUUGGUCAUGGAUAGCAUGAUUGUUUGGUUGAUGAAAGAGGAAAAAGAGAGGUCUCCAAAAAAAUACGGAGUCUCCAUUCCGAGACGACACAUGUUCUCAAGCACAUUUGUGGAAAAUUUGCGAAAUAUAAGAACAUUAAAGAAGCAGAAUGUGUUGACCGACAGAGUUGAUCCAAAUAUUCUUGGAUAUGAUGUCGCGAUGUGCAAUUUGGCAAGUAUCGGCGCUGUUUACUAUUUUGAAGCAGACAAGGCCCAUGGAUUAACCAUGGAAGAAUUGGAUUAUCCACCACCCAGAUGUCCCACAACAAAAUAA